GAGGAGGAGGAGGAGGAGGACGACGACGAGGCCUCUCGGGCGGCCGCCGCCGUGUCGUUGGGGGGAAAGGAGGGCGGGAGCGGGCCGAGGGCGGCAGCGCAUGGGACCGGAGGGAAAGACGAGGAGAAGCCGCCGCCGCCGCCGCUCUCGCCGCUGAUCCCCGAAGCCGCCGACGCCGCCCUGCGCUGGGGGAGGCCGCCGAGGCCUACCAGGCUGCCGCUGCUCCUGCGGCAGGAACCGCGCCGCGGCCAGAGAGAGGCGCAGGCACACGCGCGCCGGCCCGGCUCGUCCUCUCCGCCUCCGCCGGGGAUCGGGGCCUUGCUCCUGCUCCUGCUGCUCCUCCUUUUUUCUCCUCCUCGUCUCUGGAUUCUCUGCCGGGAGGGUUCAAGUAGGGAUAUGUCCUCAGCACCAACCACUCCUCCAUCAGUGGAUAAAGUAGACGGAUUUUCUCGGAAGUCCGUCAGAAAAGCCAGGCAGAAGAGGUCGCAAAGUUCCUCCCAGUUUCGGUCUCAGGGCAAGCCUAUAGAGUUAACUCCACUGCCUCUGCUAAAAGACGUUCCAACUACAGAGCAACCUGAGUUGUUCCUAAAGAAACUUCAGCAGUGCUGUGUCAUUUUUGACUUCAUGGACACACUUUCUGAUCUUAAAAUGAAAGAAUACAAGCGCUCAACUCUUAAUGAACUUGUGGAUUACAUUACAAUAAGCAGAGGCUGUUUGACGGAGCAGACUUACCCUGAAGUAGUUAGAAUGGUUUCUUGCAAUAUAUUCCGAACACUUCCUCCUAGCGAUAGCAAUGAGUUUGAUCCAGAAGAAGAUGAACCCACCCUUGAGGCGUCAUGGCCACAUUUACAGCUUGUAUAUGAAUUUUUCAUACGAUUUUUGGAAAGCCAAGAAUUCCAGCCCAGCAUUGCCAAAAAAUACAUAGAUCAGAAAUUUGUACUACAGCUUCUGGAACUGUUUGACAGCGAAGAUCCUCGUGAGCGGGACUACUUAAAGACAGUCUUACACAGAAUUUAUGGCAAGUUCCUUGGUCUUAGAGCAUUUAUCAGGAAACAGAUUAACAAUAUUUUUCUACGGUUUGUUUAUGAAACUGAACACUUCAAUGGUGUAGCUGAACUGCUGGAAAUAUUAGGAAGUAUUAUCAAUGGCUUUGCUUUACCUCUUAAAGCCGAGCAUAAACAGUUUUUGGUGAAAGUACUGAUUCCUCUACAUACCGUUAGAAGUUUAUCACUCUUCCAUGCACAGUUGGCAUAUUGCAUAGUGCAGUUUCUGGAGAAAGACCCUUCACUCACAGAGCCUGUCAUUAGAGGUUUAAUGAAAUUCUGGCCGAAAACUUGCAGUCAAAAAGAAGUCAUGUUCCUUGGAGAGCUGGAGGAGAUAUUGGAUGUGAUUGAACCCUCACAGUUUGUCAAAAUUCAAGAACCCUUGUUUAAACAAAUAGCUAAGUGUGUGUCUAGCCCUCACUUUCAGGUGGCUGAAAGAGCACUUUACUAUUGGAAUAAUGAAUACAUCAUGAGUUUGAUAGAGGAAAAUUCCAAUGUAAUACUUCCCAUAAUGUUUUCCAGUCUGUACAGGAUUUCCAAAGAACACUGGAACCCGGCUAUUGUGGCUUUAGUAUACAACGUGCUGAAGGCAUUUAUGGAAAUGAACAGCGCCAUGUUUGACGAGCUGACGGCCACUUACAAGUCAGAUCGCCAGCGCUUAUCCAAAGCAGCAGGUGAAACUAAUGAGGAAACUUCGGGAACUCCGGGCAGUUUGCGACUUGGUGAAAGUCGUGCCUUUUGUGAGACUCGGGGUUCCCACAAGCAAAGCGAAGGGUACUGUAUGUCAUCAAGCCUUGUUAGCGAGAAGAAAAAGGAGAAGGAACGUGAAGAACUAUGGAAGAAACUGGAGGAUUUGGAACUAAAGCGGGGUCUUAGACGGGAUGGAAUAAUUCCAACUUAACAAAAAGCAGCAAAGCAGCAUUUAAAUAACCUGUGGAGUCACACAUGUAUGUAGUAGAAGAUGGAGCAACAGUUUUCUGUAUUGUGCAACUUUACAGUAGAUUUCACAUUUGUUUCAUUAUUACAACAGCACUGUAUAUAUCUGUCUCUAAGUAAAGGAAAACAAACAAACAAACAAAAAGAACUUCAAUCCAAAGUUUGGACAACAGAUGGACUUCUCAGAACUUUGCAAAAAUAAUCAUUGUUUUAACCCUUCUUUAAACCAGUCUUCAAAAGAUCUGUCGAAAUUGCUAUGUCCAAAUUCCAUUGUCAGGACCUCUUCCUUAUUUAUCAUUAGCAGAGAGUGAUACAACUUCAAAUGUGAACAAUCUUAAAUUUAGCUUGUCUUUCUGCUAAACUGUUAAAUGUAUUUAUAGUAAAAGAGAGGAAAAAAAAAGAUUGUCAUUUUCUUAUGAGUUUGUGUAACAUCUUUCUCCUCCGGAUUACUAUGCUGUAAUUUGACUUGGAUUCUUUUGUUUUUGUUUUUUCCCUUUUUUUUGCACAUCUUCAUGAGUUGAAUGUUUAUACAGAUCAGGGCCGUUAAAAAAAAAAUAGAGGUCCUUAAAAUGCUAAGAGUUUGUUCUGGUAUACGCAAGUUUUGAGUACCAGACGUGCUUUGGUGCUCCUUCAGUGUGAACAUUACGAGUAACUAUAAUGUGGUUAUGGACGGACUGGGGAGGUGUACAUUGGGAAUUUGUCAAUGAAUCAGUUGCUUGCGAAUCCCAGCUCACCUCCCCAAUCCUUAUCAAAGUGUGCAGUGGCCACAACGCAGACUUCAGUAUCCGACCAGUAUUAAGCUGUACACGGUUGAUAAAAUGGCCAGAUUUGUCUUAGAAAUACUGAGGAUAAAUUAUUGCAUUGCUAUACAUUUUCUUUAGGCUAUUUGGAAAUAAUAAAAAAAGAGUACAUCUUUAAAAAAAAUUGAUCGUGUAUGGUCAUCAUGGAGCUAAUAUGGGGGUGCGGUGGGGGGUGGGGAGUUGAGCAGACAGGUUGGAUUGUUUGAAGUUGUUGCCUUACCUUUCUAAAUAUUUAUUAAACAUUCCAGCCAAAAAAGG